AUGGCUCCCUUGCCAUUGGGUCUGGGGGUUGCAGUGGCCAAAACCCUUGCCAUUGCUAUAUGGGCUGUCAUCAUUGCUCCAUUCCGUGGUCAAAAAGGAGGCGCUACAGCCUACAAGCAUAUUGUACUGACUUUUACGCGCGCCCUCUUUGAAAAUGCAUCUAUGGAGCAGCUUCAACUUAUUCUUCCCCCCACUUUAGCUCAAAAAAGUUACGAAGCCCACAUGAAACAGCAAAAUGCCCCUCCUAACGUACUCGUUCUCCCCGAAGGUACAACGGCUUUCUGGCUAGGAAACCCUGUUGCCGAAAAGUUGAUCAUCUACUUCCCUGGUGGCGGCUACUGCGUCCCCGCCCUCCCGGGCCACUUCAGUUAUCUCGAGGCUCUCUCUGCCGACAUAAAACAACAUGGGGGAAGUAUUGGCGUGUUAUUAGUUGCAUAUGAACUUGUCCCUCACGCCCGAUGGCCUCGUCCGUUGCAACAGGCCGUUGCCAUUCUACGGUACGCCAUCCAGACACUGGGAAAACGACCGUCAGACAUUGUUCUUCACGGUGACUCGGCGGGCGCUCAUCUUGCACUUGCGCUCCUAUCACAUCUUGCUCAUCCACAUCCCCAAGAGAUCGUGCCAAAAAUUUCAGUGGAUGAACCACUGGGAGGAAUGAUGUUGUUGUCCCCUUGGGUUGACUUCAGAACUGAUCAUGCGAGCUCCAGCGAAAAUUCAGAUCGAGAUGUUAUUUCGGCUAAGACUUUGAAUAGUUGGGCACAAAUAUUUCUGGGGCAGAUAGUGGAAGAUGAGUACAACUGCCCCGUCAAAGCCCCAGGGGGCUGGUGGAGAGAUCUUCCUGUUUCAAGAAUCUUUGUUGGCGCGGGAGGAGACGAAGUCCGGUUGGAUCCAAUUAGGCAGACGGCCGAGAAGAUGAAGGCCGAACUCCCCGACGUGAGCAUUAGUAUUGUGCCGCGAGAAUUCCACGUCGAGCCAAUCACGGACUUCGCUUUAAGGAUACCCCCUGGUUUGCAGUUCAAGGCGAUGGCAUCAUGGUUGAGCCAGACCUCGCGAUGA